CGGAGGGGCGGGGCGGUGCAGUGACAGGAGGAGGAAGCCGCUACGUCCGGGCUGUGUAUGGGGGCUCAGGGCUCCGAGUCCGGGCUACACGCCGGACAAUCUCCCGGCACCAUGAGCAACCAACCGGCCCCUCCGCACAGCUCAGACCCGGCCAUCUAGUCCGUCCUGCUCCUCCUCCCAUCAGCCCGAGGAUGAGCACACCGACCCCGGACUGAGCCCAGCUAUGGAAGGAGUUCUCUACAAAUGGACCAAUUACAUCACAGGUUGGCAGCCUCGCUGGUUUGUUUUAGACAAUGGUAUUCUUUCAUACUAUGAUUCCCAAGAUGAUGUCUGUAAAGGCAGCAAAGGAAGUAUUAAAAUGGCUGUCUGUGAAAUUAAAGUUCACUCAACAGACAACUCCAGGAUGGAGCUCAUCAUCCCUGGAGAACAACACUUCUAUGUCAAGGCUGUAAAUGCUGCAGAAAGGCAGAGGUGGUUAGUAGCUUUGGGGAGCUCUAAGGCCUGCCUGGCUGAUAACAGGACCAGGAAAGAGAAAGAAAUCAGUGAAACCAAUGAUUCUCUGAAAACCAAAAUGUCAGAGCUGCGGCUGUAUUGUGACCUGCUCAUGCAGCAGGUACACACCAUCCAGGAGUUUGUUAGUCAAGAUGAGAAUCGGCCAUCGCCCAGUGCUGAGAACAUGAAUGAAGCAUCUUCAUUGCUCAGCGCAACCUGCAACACCUUUAUCAACACACUUGAAGAAUGUGUCAAGAUUGCAAAUGCCAAAUUCAAACCAGAAAUGUACCAGCUUCCUCCUCACGAGUCCUUGGUGUCUGCCGUGUCUCCUUCUCCUAUACAAAUGAUGAAGCGAUCCAUGAGUCACCCAGGCACCUACACUUUAGAUAGGAAUACCUAUUCUCUAAAGGAGCAUAUAUCAAUUCAUCGGGCAUCUCACAGGAGGCGAAGUGCUUACUCUGAUACAGAAGCAGCCAGUGAUGGUCCUGUAGAAGAUUCUGAUAGGUUCGUUCACUACCCCAGAGUUGGAAUCAAUGGUGAUUUGCCUCCUGCAUGCAGUCUGGCAGAAAACAAGAUUAGAGCAAAGCAGCCUUCUGAAACGGAGGAUUCCUCUGCAUCUUUCUCUUCCUGAGCCCAAGAUGACUUUUUAGGUAAUCAUAGACUUUGUAAACAUCUUGCUAUGCAAAGGCUGCCGGCAUCAGACUCUUGUGAUAUAGAAACUUUCGUUGGACAUUUUUAGAUGGAUUUCUCUGCACUUUAUAUAACAAUGUCUGAGUAAACUUUGAAGUGAGUUUUAUCUUUGUACAGUUUAUUUGCAAAAGUAUUUUCCUACUAACCUUUGCAGUCUGAAUGUGUAUUGUCCUUCAGUCAGCUGCACUACACACCAAACACAGAAUAUGCAUUUUUUUUUUUUAAAUACAUUUGCAAAAGGUUAGCAGUUUAAAGCGAACCUAUCAGCUGCCUCUAUUAUCUUUAAUACCUCUGUUCUACCCCUUGAUGCCGGAAUACCGUCACUUACUAGGGUCUUGAUGUCCACAAUAUCUGGGCUUGGUGCCGCCCUCAGAAGCUAAGCUCCACCUACCUACUGUCCCAUGACCUUGAGAGAGUUCUCUUACUGAAUAUUGAUUAUAGUGUUAUGCUUUGCUGUAGGGUUGGGGUGUAGCCCAGAUUUUUUUUUUUAUAGAACUUUAUUUAAAGAAAUAUUUUUAAAUUUUACAAAGAAGAAUAAAAUAAUGAACAAAGAAAAAUCCAGAAAGGUAUACCAUGAGUACUAGAAAUCGCUGCAACAUAAAAUUGUACAGAUGACAAACCUAGUAAAAAGAGUAGUGAGUACACUGCUUCUCAUAUAAUGAAAAUGGCAACUGGGAUGACCCACUCGGAAGCCACUGUGUGGAUCCCAAAGCGGGCCAGCCCAUACAAGAACAUGGAGUACUAGGACAUCCAAAAACUCUGUAAUGCAUGAUAUUGAUACAAUGCAGUACAGUGUUGGGAUAAGGUAAUCCAGGACAAAGAAGCCAAACUGCGCCCCCCUCCUUCAUUAUGUGCAAGCUUAGGUUGAUGUUACACCCAGCAGUCAUCCACUUGUCAAAAUGCCUUUAUGAUUCAGAAUGAGCUCACUGGUGCCCCAUUCAUACAGUAAACUGCUGCGACCAGGGCAACCUUCCCUCCUGCCCACCACUUCUCCCAGCCCUGAUGCAGUAACAUGGUACAUAAAAAAAAAAAAAA